GCUCAAGAAACUGGAGAAUGAGCUAGAUCAUUUGCAAGUUAUGGAGGACUAUGUGAAGCGAAUUCAGUCCGUUCCUCUCGUUAUAGGACAGUUCUUGGAGGCAGUCGAUCAAGAUCACGCAAUAGUGGGAAGCACAACUGGUGAAAAAUUCUCCAUUUUCAUAUGUCUAUUUUGUGAAGACUUGGAUAGCGUCAUUGCGCAAGUUUCUGUGGGAGAGCAGCAACCAAAGGAAGGCCUUGACUCGGAAAGUGAUGAUUAUUUGAAGCUCAAGAAACUGGAGAAUGAGCUGGAUCAUUUGCAAGUUAUGGAGGACUAUAUGCUGCGUCCGGAUGAAAAGCCCGAUGUCUCUUACGCUGAUAUUGGUGGACUUGACAUGCAGAAGCAAGAAGUACGAGAAGCUGUUGAACUUCCUCUUACCCAUGGAGAGCUCUAUAAACAGGUGAAGCGAAUUCAAUCCGUUCCUCUCGUCAUAGGACAGUUUUUGGAGGCAGUCGAUCAAGAUCACGCAAUAGUGGGAAGCACAACUGGUUCAAACUAUUAUGUGCGAGUUCUAUCAAUCCUCGAUCGUGAGUUGCUAAAGCCAGGUUGUUCUGUCGCUCUGCACAAGUAUUCCAAUGCAUUAGUCGACGUUCUGCCACCUGAAGCUGACAGUUCCAUUCAAAUGCUCCGUCCGGAUGAAAAACCCGAUGUCUCUUACGCUGAUAUUGGUGGACUUGACAUGCAGAAGCAAGAAGUACGAGAAGCCGUUGAACUUCCUCUUACCCAUGGGGAGCUCUAUAAACAGAUUGGAAUUGAUCCUCCUCGUGGAGUUCUCAUGUAUGGUCCCCCUGGCUGCGGAAAAACUAUGCUUGCCAAGGCUGUUGCUGCCAACACAGCAGCAUCCUUCAUCAGGGUAGUUGGUUCAGAGUUUGUGCAGAAAUAUCUUGGAGAAGGGCCCAGAAUGGUUCGUGACGUGUUCCGCCUUGCUAAAGAAAACUCACCUUCAAUCAUAUUCAUCGAUGAAAUCGAUGCUAUUGCCACGAAACGAUUUGAUGCUCAAACAGGAGCUGAUAGAGAGGUAAAAAUGUUGAUAAUUACAGACUUCGCCAAUUUUGUUCUCGUGCAGGUUCAACGUAUAUUACUGGAGCUUCUUAACCAAAUGGAUGGAUUCGACCAGAGCACUAAUGUGAAGGUCAUCAUGGCCACGAACAGACAUGACACCUUAGAUCCUGCUCUCCUUCGACCUGGUCGACUGGACAGAAAAAUCGAGUUUCCUCUUCCUGACAGACGCCAGAAACGUCUUGUUUUCACAACUAUCACGUCGAAGAUGAACUUAUCAGACGACGUUGAUUUGGAAGACUAUGUGGCACGGCCUGAUAAAAUCUCUGGUGCCGAUAUCAAUGCGAUUUGUCAAGAGGCUGGCAUGCACGCUGUCAGAGAGAACCGCUAUGUGGUACUUACGAAAGAUUUUGAGAAGGCGUACAAGAAUGUGAUCAAAAAGGAUCAGAAUGAUUUCGAGUUCUACAAGUAAAU